AUGGGGUCCAGUGCACCGAGACGGCCGCCGUCGGAUGACGUUGAUGGCGAUAUCUUGACCUUCUCGGAACUCGAUUUUGCAAGACUUGGCCUUGCGAAUAGGACUAUUGAUGAGAGAGAUACGACAAUUCAGGACCAGGGAUCUCAGCAAUCGUAUUUUCCGACUCAGAAUGAUGAGUUUUCGUUUGGUCAUGAGCACCUCGAUUUCACGGAUGACUUUCUCAACUCCAUGAUCCCACCAGAACAACAAACCGAAUUCUGGCUUGAUCCUGCAUUGAGCCUGAAUUCAUGGCAAACACCCGCUGCGGCACAGACUCCAACUGGGGGAAACAUCUCGCCGUUGGCAACAUCGGGUAAUCGAGCGGGAACUCCGACAACCACGUCCCCAUUUGGGGUUCCUGGAUUCGGACAAUCGUUCAACGGGUCUCCGAUAGCAGAAGGUUCCCAACGCGGACUUCCACGGAAACGGAGCCAUUAUUUCCGUCGGCAGCCUCAUCGCACGGGAAGUGAUCCAAUCUCAAUACCUCGCCAUAAUCAUCAACGCGAUAGCACUUUAGAUCCUAUGCAAAGAUGGCAAGAAUCGCCCCCAGAAGCUGAAGCGGCGUCACUAUCCGCCAUUGCUGAUGCACUACAAAAAACGCCACUGAGAACUCGCUCAUCCGCUGGGAGCCUAGGACGAAGCCGUGUCGGGAGUCGCGCAGGGUCAACGCAUAGCCUCGGAAGUGCGACGAGCUGUUCUUCUGCGUCAGUGGGAUCACCGCAGUCCGCAACUCGAAAAGGUUCGCUGAAAGGCCGAGUCACCAAGUCAAAACGUUCUUCUACCGCUAAAGGCAAGGAACCCCAGAACAGACGGUUUCCUUGUACGUUUUGCUGUGACAAGUUCAAGAGUAAGUAUGACUGGGCCCGGCACGAAAAGUCCCUCCAUCUCGACCUUGCAGGCUGGCGAUGUGCGCCCUUUGGAGGCGUAGUGGCAUCCCCAGAAACAGGACGAAACCACUGUGCAUAUUGCAGUCAACUCGACCCAACACCAGAACAUCUCGAAACUCACAACCACGCUGGUUGUCAGAAUGACGACAAACCUCCUGUCUUCAGCCGAAAAGAUCAUCUUACCCAGCACCUUCGACUCGUGCACCACGUGAAAACGGUACCGGUUAUAGAUUCGUGGAAAGUCGAGGGCCCGCCCGUGAAAUCAAGAUGUGGAAUCUGUGGUCUUCGAAUGGAGUCGUGGAAAGAACGAGUCGAACAUCUAGCGAAACAUUUUCGAAAGGGCGAUACAAUGGCCGAUUGGAAGGGCGACCAUGACUUUGAACCACAUGUCAAAGCUCGAGUGACGAAUGCGCUGUCACCCUACAUGAUCGAGGUCGAAGGGAAAUGCCCCGUGCCCUUCUCAGCGACUGAUCCAAGCUGUCGAGAUCAUCUUCUUCAGAUUCGAGAGAACGUUGGAAGAACCACGGAUUUUGUCGACGAGGGUCUGGGCAAUCUGGACGCAGUGGAGGAAACUGUGGCCCGACCGCAACGCUCAAUGACACAGGAUAGCAGCUCCAUGGCCUUCCCCGAGUUUCUGGUGCAUCACCUGGGCAGAUAUGCGCAGCGACAGAUGGCUCUUGGAGUUAUUCCAACAGAUGAGAUGUUUCAGACUGAAGCGAGGAGGAUUGUAUACGAUACCUCGGAUCCAUGGGAUCAGACGCUAGCAGAUAACAAAGACUGGCUUUCGUGUUUUAAAGAACAUCAUGUUAAUGGUUCUUUAGGAUACAUUGUAAAGUUGUUGAAUGCGAAGAUGAAGGUGCCGUUGUAUGCGAGCGCUGGUGUCGCAACCUCUUGUGUUGCGUUCCUUUUUGGAAUGGAUACUGGGAGUAUUGGUCCCAUCACCACCAUGACUGCCUUCAAGGAAACCUUUGGUGACUUCUCUGCAACUAUCCACGGCGUUAUUGUCUCGACGAUUCUCAUCCCUGGGGCUUUGACGGCACUUAUCGCAGGUGCUCUAGCCCAUCGCUUCGGACAAGUGAGACUCAUCGCUAUAGGAUCCAUCAUAUUCGGUGUCGGUGCUGCAAUCGAAUGCGGCGCUCCUUAUCUUGGUGUCUUUAUCUUGGGUCGGCUCAUCAAAGGAAUGGGCGAGGGUCUCUUUCUUAGCAACGUCUACGUUCAAGUCUCAGAGAUGUCUCCCUCCAGAGUGAGAGGCAUCAUGACCGCACUUCCGCAGUUUUCCAUCACUACUGGCAUUGUAACCGGUUACUUCACCUGCUACGGAACAUCACGGCUUGGUAGCUCGUCUAUCACGUGGCGUCUGCCUCUCGCCAUUGUUGCAUUUCUCGGUCUUCUUCUGUCGAUGGUGGCUUUCAUCGUCCCUCCAUCCCCACGAUGGCUUCUCUCGAAGGGACGAAUAGAUGAAGCCCGAACGGUUUGCCGACAACUUGGAAUCGACGAAGUUGAAGAGAAGGAGCUUCUUGCUCAAAUAUAUGAUACCCCGGGUGGUUUAGAUGGCGAGACAUCGCUGUGGCAAGACAUCCAACAUACUUUCCGAGAUUUCAGAUGUGCAUUCUCAGCACCAUACCGUGGCAGAACAGCUUUUGCUUGCUUUCUCAUGGGUAUGCAGCAGUUCAGUGGCAUCGAUGGAGUACUGUACUAUGCGCCCAUUCUGUUCACACAAGCAGGCCUCAGCGGCGAGAAAGCCUCGUUCCUGGCAUCUGGAAUUUCUGCCGUCGUGAUUCUUGCAGCAACUCUUCCUGCGACAAUCUUCGCUGAACAGUGGGGUCGGCGAAUGCAGAGUAUCCUUGGGGGAAUUUUGAUCGUCGGCUUGAUGGUAAUCAUGGGAUCGCUGUAUGCGUCCGGACAAGUUCAUCCUGAGCACGGCGCAGGGAGAUGGGUCGUCAUCGUCUGCAUCUACCUCUUCGCUAUUGCUUUCAGCUUCACCUGGGCCAUUGGCUUCCGGACGUGGGUUGUUGAGAGUAUGCCAAGACGGACGAGAAGCAGUGCUUCGAGUCUUGCCCAAAGUUCAAACUGGGCUGCUAACUACAUCGUCGCCCUUGUUACCCCGGUGUUGCUUGACAAGUCGUCGUUUGGCGCCUACUACCUCUUCGCAGGAUGCAGUCUUGCAACAACGAUAAUGGUUGUUCUGUUCAUGAGUGAGACGAAAGGUUAUAGCUUGGAAGAAAUUGAGAAGAGGCAUGAGGAGACGAGGGAGAAGAGAAUCCCACUUGACCUUUGA